AUGCUCCGCCCAGUACAUCAACGUCCUGGCGGAUACCUUCAGAACAACUAUCAAUCAGAUCAGCAGAAUGGCUCAUAUCACUAUUCUCAGUUCAACAAUCAGCAGCAGCAGCAACAGCCACAGCAGCAACAGCACCAGCCUCAACAACAGUCACAGCAGCAACUAUCACAGAACCAACAGCAACAGCAACAACAGACAAGUAUGGAUGGUCAAUCCAACGCUGCGAGUGGAAGUGGACCGUCUGGAGGCCCAGAGAUGAGUCUGGCUGGCGUUUUACAUUACCUCCAGAGUGAAUGGCGAAGGUGGGAGAGGGACAGAAAUGAAUGGGAGAUUGAGCGAGCGGAGAUGAGGGCGCGCAUCGCUUUACUGGAAGGGCAGAGGAGAUCUGCUGAGAAUCUCAAGGUUGAUCUCUUGAGGCGUGUCAAGAUGUUGGAGUAUGCCUUGAGGCAAGAGCGGACGAAAUCGAUGAGUACAGCUGGCAAAUCUUCGACUCUUGCUCCCUCUCGUCUGUCUGCCAUUCAGGACGAGGAUAAGGUGUCAAAUCGUGAUGAAAAGGAAGCGAGUCCAAUGAGUGAAGGGAGUGAAGAGGGGGACCGAGUUAAGAUGAACGGUCCGAGGUCUAUCGCGGCGUCGAGCAAACUGUCGUCUGUUCGGAACGGUGACAAUCCAUGGAAGAACGUUGGAAGCGUAUCGAGGGAUCCAAAAGCACGAGCGAGGAGUAGAGAGUAUCUCAAACAGUGCUUGCAAGAAAUUACCUAUCUGACCUCUCCCGGUGCCUUGAAUCCUCUCCCUCCCCGACCUCCCAUCAAUAUCGAUGCUCAGUCAUCCAAUCGAUCCUCUGAACCAGAACAGGCCGCUCUCAAUCACUCUGAGCAAUUCCGACCACCUACAAAGACUUUACCAGAUGACGGUCAAGUGAUCGACUUGUUUCCAAAAGAGGAACCUCAAACAACCUCUUCCCUCGAGCCAGUCACUGCGCCACAGGCCCCAAAUGGAGAAGCGUCCGCUUCUGAAGUCAAGGCCGACAGCGACCCUGUCGACGCUCAACCCACAAAGACCGUAGAAUCUCGUGCCAUGGCCCCAAACGCUACGGCUAGACCACCUCACUCUCCAUCACCUAAACCAGUUGCGUUACCCGACGCCAAUGGUCCUUCUGCUAGUAGCGAACUUAACGGCGAGGAGCACCAGUUGUUGACGGCCAUCUACCGACCCGAAUCGAAAACAGCUUGGAGAGAGGAGUUGCAAGCUGCAAAUGACAAGGCAGAGCAGGCUCGUCUAGGCAGAUCUCCGUCUGAGCAAAGCGAUGAAGAGCAAUUGGCCAAUCUGACCCUGAACAUCGAGGACGAAGACGCGAAGCCGGAACCAUCCAACGCGCCAGGAAGGUUUUGGGCGGGUAAAAAAUAUCUCAGAUCGCAUAUGGAUAUAGUUCGUGCCGUUGCGAUUGUCCGCGGACGAGGCAGUGAUCUCUUGCUGGUUUCUGCGGGAGAUGACAAUGUUGUCAAAGUCUGGUCAUUAGACGCCUACAAGAUUUGGAGCACCAGGCGUAAUGAUCCUGAAAUUGAGCCCCUCCUGACGUAUCGUGGUCACACGGCUCCUGUCACCUCUGUCGUCGUUGAUUCCGAUAGCAAGACGAUUUUCUCCGCAUCUCUAGACUCGACGAUCAGAGUAUGGAGAAUGCCGGGGCCAAGGCAGAACCAAUACACAUCUUAUGAUCCCGGUAUGGCGGUUCAGACCCUAGAAGGGCACACCAAUGCAGUCUGGGAUCUGCUUCUCCGUCAGGACCGAGACGUUGGACCUCGCCUGUUCAGCAUCUCAUCCGACAAGACGUUGCGAAUGUGGGUAAAAUCAGCGAACGGACUGUGGACAGCGGAACGCUCGCUCACCCUUGACGGGACACCAACCUGUCUGGGAUAUCUCCCUUAUCCCGUCAUUUCGACGCGUGUCCUCGUAGGGUUCGCGGACGGCCGAGUGAAGUGGAUUGAAGGGGAGCUUGGCGAGACCAUCUUGACUUGGCAAGAUCAGGAACCAGAGGGUCGAGCCUCUCAGGUGAACUCCAUUAUCAGUGAUCUGACACUCAAUAUGGUCGCUUUUGGUCACGAGGACGGCAGCCUGAGAGUUUACGAACUUGGAGGUUCAAGAACGGUCCCAAAACAUCAUGUCGUCGCCCAUUCUUCACCCGUGACCUCGCUAUGUCUCUCACCUAUCAGCCCCAUGGCCAUCCUGACUGCAUCGACAGACUGCAGAAUCAGAGUGUGGGAUGUAGAGAAGAAAGUCUUCGUGCAAGAUCUGACAGGUCAUCGCCCAAGGUCAGAUGAGGGCGUUUGUGCGCUGGCUGUGACCACCGACGUGCCUGUACUAUCUUCGGCGGGUGCAGAUGGGAUCAUCAGGAUAUGGGCGUGGGGUGGUCUUCCCAACGCAUCGUGGAAAAGCGAGCAUACAGGUCCGUAA